AUGUGCCUUGUUCUCUCCGUUUGUGCAACCGACGAUAUCAAGAAUCGCCAGGUCGAUUAUUAUACCGGUGCCACAUACAAAGACACGAAUCUUGAUGAAGAUCCGUGCAUUUUCCCACAGUGUGGACAUUUCCUCGCUUUGACGAGCAUGGAUGCUCAGAUGGACUUGAAGAACCAUUACGAACUUGACGCUGACGGAAAACCUACCGCCCUUCUUAAAUCGUCGCAACCAUUCUCCAUGGAAGACAUGAAGACAUGUGGAAUUUGCCGCGGUCCUCUGAGAAACCUUGCUAGAUAUGGCCGACUGAUUCGGCGAGCUCUUCUAGACGAAUCCACCAAGAAGCUUAUUCUGCUCCUGAAUCGAGAAUUCGUCCCUCUUGCGAAGAGUCUGGCUGAUGGGAUCCAGGAGCUUCGAAAUAAUCGCCAUCCAGAAAUGUCUCGAUGGCCAGCGGUCCAAAUCAAAGGCCAGAGCCUAGCCCAAAUCAAAGAGAUGGUGGGAGUCAUGAACAGCGUGAGUCCUCGAAGGUGGGCAAACAUGCUUGACUUGCGAGUUCGGAUCAUGAAGUACCUUGCGAAUAUUCGCCCACAGGAACAACCUUUCCAGAAAGUUUGGGAAAUGGUGAUUAUGGCAAAGCGCCAGAAAAAGACUACAGGGGAUUUCGAAUUUGACAAUGGAAUCUUGCAAGUCAAAGGACUCCUCCAAGGAGCGGCUCUUAGCCUCCGGCUGGAUAUUGCUCUGCUUUCGGAUUUCCUGGCACUAGAAAAAUCGACUAUUACCAAAGAUCAGGUACUUCAGAUUGACCUUGAGCAUCUGCGUUGCGACUGCCGUCAUCUUACUGGCAAAGCUAUCUCAGGCGAGCGGAGAGUUCACCAGGUGGAAGGCUUGAUAUUCGAGGCAGAGCUUUAUGCUUUGGAACGUGCAUACGUGUCCCGAGAAGUGGGCGAUAUCUAUCUUCAGAAAGGCGCCCACUGUGUUAGUGAAGCCAGAAAAGUUUGCCAGGCAUACCCUGGCCAAACUAGUGGCUUACCUAGCGAAAUCGAAAAUGCCGAGAAGAUGCUCCUGGAGGGCAGAUUCUACGCCGGGGUCACCAGUCAGGAGCGUAUGGACAUCAUCGAAGCCAUGGCGGUAACCUUUCAGGGAAGUGGGCAUUGGUACUACUGCCGCAAUAACCAUCCGUUCACCAUCGGCGAAUGCGGAGCACCGAUGGAAGAGGCCUCGUGCCCGGAAUGUGGUGCCCCGGUAGGAGGGCAAGAUCACAUGCCGGUGACAGGAGUCGUUCGAGCGGAAGAUUAUGACACGCAGUCGUAA